CAAGGCGCGAUUUCUUAGCGCGCACGCGCCUUUGUGUAAAAAAUUUCGAACUGUUUCUGUGAAUUUCAUUCAAGAAUUGUUAGGUUAAAAUAUUUUUUAACUCCAUACGUACUUUGCCUUGAAUUCAAGCGCAUCCAACUAAAAAUAAAAUCAAUAAUACAACUGUAUUUAAGUACGAUAAAAUUGAAAAGUGAAUGUUGUAGUGGAUAUAGUUUCGUUACCGCUUGCCAAGAAAUUUUUUUAUUCAUCUUAUACCUAGGGUAUCUAGUUGUUGACGUUUCUGCAUGAGGCAGGGGGUUUUCCAGUAUAGUGUUAAUUAGGUAAUGGACGCAGGUCUCAAAAAGACAAGGAAACCAAAUCCAAGAGAAAAUGCAUUUCCUUUAUCCGCAGCAACAUUUUGCUAUACGAUCCCAACGUUUAUCCAGGGAUUCAAGCGUGACCUAGAGGAAUCUGACUUGACUAAAACUCUAUCAGAGCAUAAGUCGAGCAGAUUAGGAAACAGCAUGGAAAAAUAUUGGAAACUUGAAGAAGAAAGAGCUGCGAAAAAGAAUACGACUCCUUCACUGGGUCGCGUAUUAUUCAAGGUUUUUGGUCUCGAAUUUAUGCUGUAUGGAUUAGCAUUGGCCCUCAGUGAAGCUAUUAAGAUUGUUCAGCCAAUUUUCCUUGGUCAACUACUGUCGUUUUACGUUCCUGGUCAGAGCGCAAUCACCCAAGAAGAAGCCUACUACUACGCAACGGGGGUGGUGCUAUGUUCCUUGAUAAACAUCCUAACCUCCCACCCCUACAUGAUGGGCGUGCUCCACAUGGGUAUGAAAGUCAGGGUCGCCUGUUGCUCGUUGAUAUACAGAAAAGCCCUGAAGUUGAGCAAAACGGCCCUGGGAGAGACCACGGCGGGUCAAGUGGUGAACUUACUGUCAAACGAUGUGAAUAGGUUCGAUGUUGCGGUCAUUUUUGCCCAUAAUUUAUGGGUGGGACCAUUGGAAACUAUAGUUUGCACGUAUUUGAUGUACCUGCAAGUUGGGGUGUCGGCUGUGAUAGGGGUGCUGCUUCUGAUUGCCUUUAUACCCAUACAAAUAUAUUUGGGGAAAAAAAUAUCCGUGUUCCGUCUCAGAACUGCCCUUAGAACCGAUGAAAGAGUCAGAUUAAUGAACGAAAUUAUAUCGGGCAUACAAGUUAUAAAGAUGUACGCUUGGGAAAAACCAUUCGCCCAAUUGGUGGCAUUGGCCAGGAGGUACGAAAUCAAGUCCAUAAGAAUAGCAUCCUUCAUGAGGGGCAUAAUUUUGUCGUUCAUUAUGUACAGCACGAGGAUGGCGAUUUUCGCCACCAUUUUGGCUUACGUGCUUCUCGACAAUGAUAUUACAGCGGAAAAAGUUUUCGUCCUCACCUCUUUCUACAACAUUUUAAGACAAACGAUGACCGUCUUUUUCCCGCAAGGUAUCUCCCAAGUUGCUGAAGCAAACGUGUCCAUAAGCAGGCUGAAUAAAUUCAUGAUGUACGACGAAACCAUGAUUGCCAAGGAAAUCAGAAUGGCCGAAAAAAGCGGUGCCAAAAUAAACGGGAAUAUUACCACCGAAGCUGAUGGUACCGAAAAGGGUAUUUUUAUGCAAGACGCCACUGCCAAAUGGAAUAACGCCUCCGUGGACAAUACUUUUACUGAUAUUAACCUGCAAGCUGCUCCUGGAAAGUUGUUAGCCAUUAUUGGUCCAGUUGGAAGUGGAAAAACUUCGCUUUUCCAUGCUAUGCUUCAAGAGUUGCCUUUGAUUAGUGGGAAAAUGAAAAUUAAUGGGGAGAUUAGUUAUGCCUCUCAGGAACCUUGGCUUUUUGCGGGGUCUGUUAGGCAAAAUAUUCUCUUUGGGUUGCCUAUGGACAGAGACAGAUAUAAAAUGGUUGUGAAAAAAUGUGCCUUACAGCGCGACUUCUCGCUGCUGCCUUACGGCGACAAAACCAUCGUUGGCGAUCGCGGUGUCUCUCUAUCGGGGGGUCAAAGGGCAAGAAUCAACUUGGCCAGGGCCGUCUACAAGCAGGCCGACAUCUACCUGCUAGAUGACCCCUUGUCGGCCGUCGACACCCACGUAGGCAAACAACUCUUCGAAGAAUGCAUCACUGGGUACUUAAAAAACAAGACUGUGAUCCUUAUAACACAUCAACUUCAGUACUUGAAGGAAUGCAGCAACAUUUUGUUUAUCGAUGAUGGCGCACAGAAAGCUUUGGGUACUUACAAGGAACUUCAAGCGAGUGGUUUGGACUUCACGAACUUACUGGGAGAACAUAACGAGGAAGAAAAGGAAGAACAUGAGUUGAUGAGGCAAGGUUCGAUCAAAAGUGUCGCUUCAAUUGAAGUUGAAGAUCCUAAAGAGGUUGAAGAGCAAAAAUCCAGCGGAUCUGUCGGUGCUUACGUUUACAAGGCUUACUUUAGUGCUGGGGGAAAUUGCUGCGCCAUUUUCACACUUUUUACACUGUUUAUUAUGGCGCAAAUUUUCGGAAGUGCGGCAGAUUACUUCAUCACUUAUUGGGUGAAUCUGGAACAACAAGAUAACGCAGAGAAAGCGAAACUUAUGUCGAGUGAAACUAUCUCAAACAACACACACCAACUUGGCAGUACAAGUGAAGAUUUCUGGCACUUUUCAAGAGAAACCUCCAUCUACAUCUACUCAACAAUCAUCGUAUUACUCGUAGUAAGUUCACUUGUUAGAUCCUUCACAUUCUUCAGCAUAUGCAUGAGAGCUUCAACCAAUCUUCACGACAACAUGUUCUCCAGCAUCACAAGAGCGACCAUGAGAUUCUUCAACACCAACAGUGCCGGAAGAAUUUUGAAUAGGUUUUCCAAAGACAUGGGGUCCAUUGAUGAACUGUUGACUUCAGCUCUCAUUGAUUGUUUGCAAAUCGGUCUUACCUUACUGGGUAUUAUUAUAGUUGUAGCCGUUGUAAACCCCUUGUUGAUGAUACCAACGUGCCUUAUCGGAGUUGUCUUCUAUUUACUGAGGAUUUUCUAUUUGAGGACCAGCAGGAAUGUUAAAAGAUUGGAAGGAAUAACGAGAAGUCCAGUUUUCUCUCAUCUUAAUGCAUCUCUCAACGGUCUCACUACAAUCAGAGCUUUCGGUGCUCAAGAAAUUUUGACUGUGGAGUUUGAUAAUCAUCAAGACCUACAUAGUUCAGCCUGGUUCAGUUUUAUAUCCACAUCAAGAGCUUUCGGUUACUGGUUGGACUUGGUUUGUAUUAUCUACAUAACUGUGGUCACUUUCAGCUUCUUACUUAUGGGAAAUGAACAAUUUGGAGGAAACGUUGGUCUGGCGAUCACUCAAGCUAUCGGUUUGACCGGUAUGUUCCAAUGGGGAAUGAGACAGUCCACAGAGUUGGAAAACCAGAUGACGUCCGUCGAAAGAGUUGUGGAAUACAGCAAUAUAGAACACGAAGGUGCGUUGGUAUCCCCGGAAGACAAAAAACCGCCGAAAUCGUGGCCCGAGCACGGUAAAAUCGAAUUCAAAGACGUGUUCCUGCGGUACUUCCCGGACGAUCCGCCCGUUUUAAGGCAGUUGUGCUUCACCUUGAACCCCAAGGAGAAGGUCGGUAUUGUUGGCAGGACUGGCGCGGGCAAGUCUUCCUUGAUCAACGCCGUUUUUCAACUCACCGACACAGACGGCCAAAUUAUCAUCGACGGUUAUGAUAUUACUGUGAUGGGUCUGCACGAUUUGCGCUCAAAAAUUUCCAUUAUUCCUCAGGAGCCGGUUCUGUUUUCCGGCACCAUGAGGAAAAAUUUGGAUCCCUUCGACGAUUACACCGAUGCUGAUCUGUGGAAAGCCUUGGAGGAGGUGGAACUCAAGGAAGCCGUUUCCGAUUUGACCUCGGGUUUGAACUCGAAGAUGUCCGAAGGGGGUUCGAACUUCAGCGUGGGUCAAAGGCAGCUGGUUUGCCUUGCAAGGGCCAUUCUGAGGAACAACAAAAUCCUGGUUUUGGACGAAGCCACUGCCAAUGUGGACCCUCAAACGGACGCCUUGAUCCAGAAAACUAUAAGGCACAAAUUCGAGGAUUGCACUGUGCUGACCAUCGCGCACAGACUCAACACGGUGAUGGAUUCGGAUAAGGUUCUUGUGAUGGAUGCCGGCACCAUGAAGGAAUUCGACCACCCACAUAUUUUACUGCAAAAUAACCAGGGUAUUCUCUAUGGUAUGGUGCAACAAACGGGCAAAGGCAUGACGGAAAAUUUAACCAGAAUCGCUGAAGAAAGUUAUCAAAAAAUGCAGUUCGAAAAGUUGUAGAUCUCCUAGCCUUACAAGAAAUUCUAAAACAUAUUUUUACAAAACCGUUUACUAUUUUAUUUAUUGUUUUUGUUCAGAUUUUUAUACACACAUAAGGGUACUAACAAACUUAUUGAUUUUAUGUAUUAUACCAUGAAUUUUAUAAAAUAAAGUUAAUUUAAUAUAAAAC